AUGACUGAGGGAGUCAAGAUAACGACGCGUGGCACUGCCAAACUUAAUAAAGGUGAGCUUGAAUCAACGUCGCCAUCACUUCAAUCUAUAGACACUAAACUUAAUAGUAUUUUACAAAUUCUUGAGAAGAAUUCUAAUGACAUCGUCGAAAUUAAAAAAGAACAAAAAGACAUGUGUGAAUCUAUUGAGUUAUGCCAUGCAACCAUCAAUGACUUUAAACAAUUAAUAUCUACUCAAGAUUUGAAGAUAAGAGAGUGUGAAAACGAGGUACAGAAGACUAAGAAGGACACUUAUAAAUUCGGGAAAUCGGUUGAGAAAGUGCAACGUGAAGUUCGUGAUCUUGAACAGUAUUCACAUAGAAACAAUUUAAUUAUUUACGGUAUCCCGGAGGACAACGAUGAAAAAAUUAUGUUCGUUAUAAGACGGUUAGCAACUGCUCUACACUUCCAAGAUUGGUCGGAGAAAUUAGUUGAUGCUGUACAUAGAAUGGGGAAGUAUGAUCCUACGAAUACAUCGCCGAGGCCUAUCAUCAUUCGCUUCGUCAGACGUCUGGACAAGGACGCUUUUUUAAAUAAACGUAAAGAACGCCGCAAUCUUAAAGCUUCGGACCUUGGCUUCAGCAGCGAAGACUCGAUCUACGUCAACGAGUCAUUGACGCCAGAGAACAGGGACCUGCUGAAGAAGACGCGUGAUGCGGCGAAGGCCAAGGGCUACAGCCAGGUGUGGACGGCGAACUGCAGCAUCUUCGUGCGACGAAAUAAGGACACUGAUGCUAUCAAGAUUAGGUCAGACGUGGAUAUUGACAGCAUGUAA